UGAAUUUUCUACGAUGGAAACUACACUAUACACAACAGGUACCUCUCCAUCUCCGGUAACUUCUACAACAGAAGAGCAGACUACAUCAUCUAUGACUGAGUUUACAACAGAAACUUCAGCUACUGUAGAACUUACCACACGCCAACAGACAAAAACCAGUCCUGAUAGUUCACCCACAAUAACAGAAUCUACACCCUUCACAACAGAAGAGUCCCCUAGGACUACAACCACAUUUAAAUCUUCUACAUCGGAAACUACAUUAUACACAACAGGUACCUUUCCAUCUCCGGUAACUUCAACAACAAAAGAGCAGAAUACAUCAUGUAUAACAGGCAGCACUUCAUUUUCAGCCUAUUCCACAACACCACAGAACACAUCAACAUUGUCAACAGAAAUAUCUUCAACUACUGUUGAACAAACCACAAGCCAACAGACACAAACAUUUACAGCAGAAGAUUCAUCUGUGAUCGCAACCACAAUCAAAACUUCUACAACUGAAAGUGGUUCAACAUCGGAAACUGCAGUAUACACAACAGGUACCUCUCCAUCUCCGUUAACUUCUACAACAGAAGAGCAGAAUACAUCAUCUAUUACUGAGUUUAUAACAGAAAUAUCUUCAGCCAAAAGUCUUCAAACACAAACCAGUCCUGCUAUUUCUACUACAGUAACUGAGUCUACAACAUUUACACCAGAAGAGUCCCCUAUAAGCACAACCACAUUCAAAGCUUCUACAAUGGAAACUGGUCUAACACUGGCAAGUACAACAGGUACCUCUCCAUCUUUACCAUACUCCACAACACAACAGAAUACAUCAACUUUGUCAACAGAAGUAUCUUCAGCUACUGUCAAACAAACCACAAGCCAGCAGACAGAAACCAGUCCUGAUAUUUCUUCAAAAGUAACUGAAUCCACACCACUCACAACAGAAGAGUCCUCUGUGACUACAACAACAUUUGAAUCUUCUACACUUGAAAAUAUUCCAACAAUGGAAACUACAUCAUACACAACAGGUAGCACUUUAUCUUCAGUAAGUUCAACAUCAGAAGAGUCCCCUUUAAGCAGAACCACAUUCAAAACUUCUACAAUGGAAACUGGUCCAACACUGGCAUCUACAACAGGUACCUCUCCAUCUUUACCAUACUCCACAACACAACAGAGUACAUCAAGUUUGUCAACAGAAAUAUCUUCAGCUACUGUCAAACAAACCACAAGCCAGCAGACAGAAACCACUCCUGCUAUUUCUACCACUGAAUCUGAACCUACAUCAUCCGUUUAUUCAAGUAUUACAACACCAGUGACCCCUUUAAGCACAACAACUUUAAAACUGUCUACAAGUAACAGCGGUCUGGAAUCUACAACAUCUAAAAAUAGUCCAGCUGUAACAAAUACAACAUCAAGUACAAUCCCUACUCCAUUCUCACCAUUGUCUACUACUGAAGGUCUGAGCACUUCAACCUUUACCCUGUCCAGUCCAGCUAAACAAACAAGUCAACAAACACAAACCACUAUUUCAACCGCAAGCACAGGAAUACAUUCAACACAGUCAGUUAGUUCAACAUUUCCAACACUGGAACCCAUUAAGACAACAUCUUCAGAGCCACCUGCCUCCUCCAGUACCAUUUCCCCCAAUCCCACCUCAAAUCAAACCACAGCCUCAACAUUUAGCAUUUCUACUUCAUCUCAGUCAAGAUCCACUCUUGAAGCGCUAUCCUCUCCUCAUCCUAGUACCCAAAAAACAUCUACAUCACCACAAACUCCUGUUUUCACAACAGUUUUCAGUUCUCUUUCAACAGCUCAGGAUUGUCAAGGCAAGUGUGAGUGUCAUGGAUCUCCAUGCAGCUACAAUAAAACAACAGGGAAAUGCCAGUGUAACUGUAAAGAAAACAUUAAAGGACCAUAUUGCAAUUUAACAGUGGACUCUUCCAUAGCGACUAUCACUGGGGAUAUACCCACAAGGAAAGCAAAUAUCUCUCUUAGACUUGGACUGAAUUAUUCUGAGUAUCAAAAUCCAAACUCUGUGAAAACACAAAACCUGAUUUCCAUCUUACAGCAUGAGCUUUUUAUCUUUUGUAAAAAGGCAGAUGCACAAAACUUCAAAAACGUGUCCAUUAAUAGACUAAUACAAGGCAGUGUUAUUGCCGAAAGCACUGCAGAAUAUAACUAUCCCAACAACAACACCCAAAUACAGUUUCUAAAUAACAAUUUGGGGCAAACGCUUGAAAGAAUAUUAAAUGACUCCGAAUCAUUUCAAAAUCUCAGCGCAGCUCUCAAUGCAUCAAUUGAGGUCACUCGAAUAACCAUGGGCAAAGUUGAAAUAUUGAAUAUUUCACAGGUAAAACCAUUUGUGAACUGUCCAGUCAAUCUUGAAAACUUAACGCAAGAGCUGGACAAUGGAGUAUGGGUGUGUGUGGGACCAUGCAAAGCAAAUCCAGACUUCUGCAAUCAUCAUGGUGAAUGCCAAAAUGCAAUAAAUGGCGCAGUGUGCAACUGUACAAGCUCUUACUUUGAGAAGUACUAUGGAGAUCAGUGCGAGCAGUACAGCAGAGGUCCAGGUUUCUACGCUGUUCUCUUCGGCAGUUUAGCAGCUUUAGCUCUACUCAUCAUCAUUACAGUUGUGAUGGUUGUAGUUUUUCACAGAGCCAGAAGCAGGUCAUUUAACAUAAGGAGGUUGUCCAUUUUUGAUGAUGACUUCUUUGACUUUACAUCAAGAGGACACACAGACAGAGGUUACUGGCAUCAAAACAUUUUAGCCACGGAAGAUUCCGAUUCUGGGACUUUCAGACCGUACCCUGAAAACACAUCUGCACGAUAAAGACCAGAGCAAAUGAAGUAUAUGAUAUCUGAAGAAACAGAGAUCACAGCUAUACAUAUAUAUAUAUAUAUAUAUAUAUAUAUAUAUAUAUAUAUA